UAAAGUGUGUAAAGUGAAUUUUUUUUUUUUGUUUAUUUUAGAAAUGACUGAUACUAAUUUUAGGAAUAUUCGAUUCCAUCUUCUUACCCUGCGCUACCCACACAAAUUUUUUUCUCGUCUCUGCGCUAUCAAUCUCCGAUCCUCCGCUACAUUACCAUGGCACCCCACCGGUUUCCCACUGUCCGCUCACCGCUCCUCUCACUAUGCAUCAUCAUCUUCUUCAGUAUUGUUCGUUGAAUCAUUCUGGAUAGUAAUAUUUCAGUGGUUAUCAUUGUACAAAUACUGUUACGAUUUUGCUAAUUCAAAUGUUCAUACCGUGUUAAUUGAAAAUGAAAUACUAUGAGAUGAGAUGUCUCCUUCACAUGAGUUAUAUUAAAUCAUUGUUUUACUGUGAAAAAUACUACACAGUUUGACUAUAUAUUCAAAAAUAUUGAUUAUAAUUAUAAUUAUAAUUUAGGGUGGUUAUAAUGUGAAAUCAACACCAAGUCAAGUAAUGCAAAGGCCGUUAACAACAAAAAUGCGCCACAGUAUUUAAUUAUUAGGUAAUUAAUUAAAAAUUAUGUUUUAUUAUUUUUCUUUAACUUCGAUGUUAUUAUAAUUUUUAUGGAAAGACCAAGAAAGUCUCAGUCUUCGAUAGUGUUCAAAUUAACACCUAAUCACAUUUUAUUUUUGUGUGCAUUGUUUUAUAAUUUCAACAAAUUUGUGAUAGAUGUAUUCUAGGCCAAGAAGAUGUAUAUACUAUAUAAUGCAUCAUGUUCUGCUUUCACCUACAUAAAUAAAUUCCAAGCCAUUAGAGGAAGAAUAUUAAGGGUGAUAGCUAAUAAUCUGAAUUCUGAAAUAUGUCUUCUUCUGAUCACAAGUAUGAUGUGUUCAUUAGCUUUAGAGGAGAGGAUACACGAAAAACUUUCACUUCACAGCUUCAUAAAGCUCUCUGCAAGGAUAAUAUAGAAACAUUCGUUGAUUAUAAUCUUAAAAGGGGAGAUGAAGUUGGACCCUCACUCACAGAAGCAAUCAGUUAUUCACGGAUAUCUGUUGUUAUUUUUUCGGAAAACUAUGCAAACUCAAAGUGGUGUUUGGUUGAACUCGCACAUAUAAUGGAGUGUAGAAGAUUUUAUGAACAUGUAGUUAUACCUGUGUUCUAUGAAAUUGAACCAUCACAUGUUCGUUACCAGGAAGGAAGUUACAAGACAGCGUUCGCGAGAUAUGAAGCAGAAGCCAAUAUAAGUCGAAAUUUCGCCAACAGUUUAAUUGAGUGGAAAGCUGCUCUCGCUUCAGCAGCUAAUAUAUCUGGAUGGGUUUCUCGUACAUACAGGUAA